UAUAUGUUUUUUUUUCCGCAGACGACGAUGGAGUCUUUAGUGCUCCAAGUAUCAUGUGUCUUCUUGAUGUUCCUUUUGCAUUUCGGGGUCGGGUUGUCGCCGUUUUUGUUGGUGCGAUGUUGUGACAAAGGCAGGCAAUCGUCAGAGUUGCCAUCGUGGAUCAACUGCGUCACUGGAGGUGUUUUCAUUGCCAUGUGUUUCCUCGGCCUGAUCCCGUAUGCCGAGGACAAGUUUGACGAGACGGAUUUUGCGUCUGUUUUGCCCAUGGCGCAGAUUUUCGUUGUUGCUGGAGUCUUUUUCGUGUUGCUGUUGGAAUCGGCGGUUAGGCUAUGGUUGUUUCGGGGUGGUGUCAAGACGCACCAGGCUUCCAAAGCGUCAACCGUGUUUCACGAUGUUCUUGCAGUUGACAUUUAUUCUGAGGAAGCCCGAGACGCUGUUGACCCCUUGAUGGAAGAAAGCCCACAUUCCGACGAGAUGCAAGUCCACGUGCAUGGAGGCGUUUCUUGGGACGACAUUUUAACCAGCAACAGUCCAAACAAGGACUCCUCUGUCAUUUUCCUUUUCAUGGCCAUUAAUCUUCACGCAUUUUUUGAAGGCGUGGCCCUUGGUCUGCAAACUGAGCCAAAGAAACUCGUUCCUUUGUUCAUUGGAAUACUUGUUCACGAAAUAAUGACAUCGUUUGCGUUGGGCGUGUCUGUGGUCCGGAAACGAUUCCCUUUCGUGACUGUGGCCAAGUAUUUGUUUUCUUUCGCGGCGUCCAUUCCGUUGGGGAUCCCGCAGCCCUAA